UAUUUUUUAACUGAGCCUUCUAAGGCGGUUAAGUACAUACAGCUAACCUCUUUAACUAUUAUCAUCAAACGAUCAAAGAAAACUGAAGCAAUUGAGAGAUGGAAAGUAAAUUUCAGAUAUGGCACAAUUAUGGCGGGGCGCUCUCGAGGCAGGUGGCUUUAUGGCGCCAACACCAUGGACUGCUGGAGACUUUAGAAAUCACGGAUCGAAUUGCGUCUGGAAGCUCUAUCGGUGGUGAGUGAAGACCAAUCCAUAUUUGAGUCACCCUUCAAUGGUCCCCAGGCCAUGCAAAUGAAGGGAGAGAUCACCUCACCUGCAGUGUUCAGACAGGGUUCCGAAGAGAGCGCAGAACCCACUGAGCCAAACUGGACAGGAUCGGCAGCGCAGAACCCUGCAAAGAGAGCAGAACACAUUAAUGGAACCAGCCGAGAAUCCCCCGUGGACUGCAGUGUGACAAAAAGGACACGACACAUGAGUAACAGUGAUGCAGGACAGUUGGCCUACCAGACCUCCUACCCUGAACCACGGAGUAGCCCACAAACUGCCACCCCACCAAGUAGUGCCACAGAGGAGAAGCGGGUGAUUGUACCAGCUGACCCAGAAGUAUGGACACAAGACCAUGUGCGGCAGUGGGUAGACUGGGCUAUAAAGGAAUAUGGGCUAUCAGAUGUGGACGUAUCUCUCUUUCAGACCCUGGAUGGAAAAGCACUCUGCAAAAUGUCCAAAGAGGACAUGAUGCGUCUCACUUCCGCAUACAACACAGACAUCCUGCUCUCCCACCUAAACUACCUCCGGGAGAGUAGUCCAACUUUUUCCUACCCCACAACCCCAACCAAUACACAACCACAGCCUAGACUACAGGUGAAAGCUGAAAACAGUUUUGAGGAGAUCACCAGAAGGAACAGUUGGUCCUCAAGUGCCUUGCCAGCUGUUCCAAAAGGUUCUCCAAUCGAGCAUCAGCAAAAUACCAGAAUUACAGAGCCUCAACCGAGACUUCCCCAAGAUCCCUACCAAGCAUUAGGUCCAAUUAGUAGCCGUUUAGCAAAUCCAGAAAAGAAACCAUUCCACAUAAAGAUCCGAACGACCAAACAAAAUUCUAACAACCUGCCCGUCACCAGCACUGACAGGACUGUGGAAAAGAAACCAUUCCACACAAAGAUCCGAACAACCAAACAAAAUUCUAACAACCUGCCCGUCACCAGCACUGACAGGACUGUGGGCUCUGGUCAGAUCCAGCUGUGGCAGUUCUUGUUGGAGCUGCUGUCUGACAGCAAUAAUGCUGCCAUCAUCACUUGGGAGGGCACUAAUGGCGAAUUCAAGAUGACUGACCCAGAUGAGGUAGCCAAGCGCUGGGGAGAGCGAAAGAGCAAGCCUAACAUGAACUAUGACAAGCUCAGCCGUGCCCUUCGCUACUACUAUGACAAGAACAUCAUGACCAAGGUGCAUGGCAAGCGCUACGCAUACAAAUUCGAUUUCCAAGGCAUUUCACAAGCCCACCAAAACCAUCCACCAGAAGGUGGUGCGCUCAAAUACCAAGCCGAAGUGCCUUACAUGCAGAGCUACCACAGCCACCAGCCAAAAAUGAACUUCAUGGGCAACCAUUCGACCCCCAUGCCCGUUUCCUCUGGGAAUUUUUUUGGGCCUCCGGCUACAUACUGGAAUUCCGCAACAGGGGUGGUGUAUCCCAGCUCACCCAUGCCACGACACCCCAGCACCCACUCACAUUUGAACUCUUACUACUAAACAGCAGCCUGACUAACCGUUAAGCCUAAUAUCAAUAUGCAUGGUCUUAAUACUGAUAUCUCUUGGUGCCCUUUUAGCACCUAUAGGCUAUUCAUUAGGUCAUUGAAGAGAAAGUAUAAAAUAGCAGCUUUUUGGGGAUCCUUAUGAAAUGAAAUAUCUAGGCAGUAUAAAACCUCUUGUAGCAGUCACAACCAUCAAGUUCUCCAUCUCGUCACAUUUCUGUACAGUACAUAUGCAUAUCAAACACAGCUGUACUUAUUUAGGGCUAAACUGUAAAUAUGUUUGCAUGUUCCAUAUAGGGCUUUGAAAAGACGUGCCCAAAAUCAUGCAUAUUCAUCUCUGUUUUACAUGUAAUAUUCUUUUGUAUGCAAGUGCUUUUGUACAGAAUUUUUUAAUCAAAUAACCCCACUCUCCUAAGUGUAACAUUAUAUUUCAAACCAAUAAAUAUAUGUAGCUCA